GCACAAUAUGUAGUUUUUCGCCACUAGAGGUCGCCUAUUCAGAACAAAGGUGUAGCUUGAUGACGUCGAGAUUGAGUGCGGAUUCUUGGGAGAUGUCGUCUUCACGUCUACUGGAAAAGAAUCGGGACGGGACUCGGGCAUCAUUGAUAGGCGACGCAUGGACACAGUCCGUCUCCUGGUUAAAAUUGCUUAUUUCUCUGGAUUUAAACAUUCUUGGAAACAUUUGGGAUAAUCUUCCCUUCAGUAGAUCAGCAGCAGAAGAGCAUUCUGGGAUCAUUUGGAGCUCCAAAAGAGCAGAUCUUCAUGACCAAAGUUAAGAUGUCGUGGCACUCCACGUACAGAAGCUCAAAGUUCCGGCAUGUUUAUGGAAAGGCGGGAAGCAGGGAGCAGUGUUAUGAGGGAAUUGCCAUCACACACAGUGUCCAUGACAACCACUUCUGUGCUGUUAACCCCAAAUUCCUCGCCGUGGUCACCGAGAGCGCGGGAGGAGGAGCGUUCCUCGUUAUCCCACUUCAUAAGCCAGGGCGAAUAGACCCUCAUCACCCAAAGGUCUGUGGCCACCAGGGCAGCGUGAUGGACAUCAAAUGGAGUCCGUUCAUGGACAACAUCAUCGCGUCCAGCUCGGAGGACUGCACGGUGAGAAUCUGGCAGAUUCCUGAUGGCGGUUUGAGAAGGAACAUGACAGAAGCUCUGAUGAUCCUGAUUGGCCACAGCCGGAGGGCGGGGCUUAUUGAGUGGCAUCCCACCUGCAGCGGAAUCCUGCUCAGCGCCGGAUACGACUGCAAGAUUCUGAUUUGGAAUCUGGAAGAGGGCGUGGCUGUGAAGAUGAUUGACAGCCAUCCAGACGUCGUCCUCUGUAUGUCCUUCAACACCGAUGGAAGUUUACUGGCCACCAGCUGUAAGGACAAAAAACUGCGGAUUAUUGAUCCUCGUUCAGGGAAAGUUCUUCAGGAAGCAGACUGUAAAAGCACCAGAGUGAACCGCGUCGUGUUUCUGGGUAAUCUGAAACGCGUCCUCACCACGGGCGUCUCCAGGUGGAACACCAGACAGAUUGCAUUAUGGGAUCAGGAUGACCUGUCUGCACCCGUCAUGGAGGAAGAGAUCGACGGACUGUCGGGCAUCCUCUUCCCGUUCUAUGAUGCCGACACACACAUGGUCUAUCUGGCCGGGAAGGGUGACGGAAACAUCAGGUAUUAUGAGGUCAGUCCUGAGAAACCCUUCCUGCAGUUGCUGAUGGAGUUCAGGUCUCCGGCUCCUCAGAAGGGUCUGGGUUUGAUGCCCAAACGCGGCGUCGAUGUGGGCGAGUGCGAGAUCUUCAGGUUUUAUAAGCUGGUGACUCUGAAAAAUCUGGUGGAGCCCAUUUCCAUGAUCGUCCCACGCAGGUCUGAGUCGUUUCAGGAGGAUCUUUUUCCGAUGACGGCGGGCACAGAAUCGGCCCUGUCGGCUGCGGAGUGGCUCAGUGGGACUGACAGAGGGCCAGUGCUGAUUUCUCUUAAAGAAGCAUAUAAACGUCCAAAUCCAGCAGGUCUCAGAGCAUCGAAACGGGACAGACGAACAGUUAAGGGCAUUGACUUACUGGAGAACAUUUCUCCCAACACAGACAAAGAGCUGCUGAAGAUGGUCUACAGGCAGCAGGAUGAGCUGAGGAAACUCAAAGAUGAACUUGGAGAAAAAGACGAGAGAAUCCGACAACUGGAGCUGGAGCUCAAGAACCUGAGAAACACGUGACGGCAAAACAGCUGAUGGACCAUGUUAUUAUGAACACACUGAGGAAAUAAUUGUUUUAAUAUGAUCUUAUGGAUGUAUUUUUAAAUUUAAUAACAUUAUUUAAGAUGGAUGUGAUUUUGAAUUGUUAGUUCUCCCAAAAAUGAAAUUUCAGUUAUUUAUUUAUUCACUCCCAUGCUGAUAUUUUUACCGUGGAAUUGAUGUGUUGGAGCUUUGCAGUAUUAUUUAGCAUCCACUUUAAUUAUAGGCUAUUUUCUAACAUUCUGCUGAACAUCCACAGAAGAAAGAAACUUAUACAGGUUUAAGAUGGCAUGUUGGUGAGUAAAUGAUGAAUUUUCAGAUUUUGGUGAACAGUUCCUUUAAGAAACAGAUGUACAAAUGAAGUCAUGAUGUGUCCGUUUACAAACAAUUGUUAAGAAACAGAUUUGCUUAUGAAGUUCUUCUGGUUGUCUGCCAGAAGAUGGCGCUAGAGGAGAGCGAAAAAAGCAAAGACCUUCAUCUCAAACUCUCAAUCUGCUCUACAAAUACAUUCAUGUUCAUACUCAAUGAUUGUGUUCGUCAUUAAUGCUGGCAUGUACAUAUAUAUUUGUAAGUACAACACGACAUGUUUACCAUAAAAAUAAAAUAUUGCUCAACCACA